AUCUCUGCUCUUAGUAAUGUGACUGUGGCAUCCUGUGAGAGUUAUAUAGACUUCAAAUAGCCUUUUAAACCAUUUGCAUCACAAUUUCGGAGACCAGUGUUCUUCAGUCAAGAUAAACCAUUGAACGUGUGUCGUGUAUACAAAAAGUUUCGCCUCAACCGGAGGAAGUGAAUAGAUCGUUUGUGUGGUUGGCCUAUAUUGUAAAAAGAAAUAUAAAUUUAUUAUGAGAAAUCUUUAUGGCACCGACAGUCAUUCCGACCAGGAAGAACUUGUUGAAAAUUUGUUUUUGAAUGCUGACGAUGAAGACGAAGAAGAAGAUGACGAUGAUGAAGAAGAAGAAGAGGACGACGAAGAUGAUGAUGAUGAACAAGAUGUUUUCUCAAAUAGAAUUCAUAUAGACGCUGCUGAAACGGAAGAACUUAUCUCGAUAUCUUUGGUUAAGUCGUCUUCAAAUUCAAAUAAUAAUGACUGCGAUAAUGCCUUAAUGCAAAAAAUUGAAAGAUGUCCUAAUUUACUUAUACGCGAACAACAGCAGCAUCAACAAAAAUUAGAAGCUAUUCGAAGAGCUAAAAGUUCGUUUUGUUUGCUUAUGAUAUUCGGAAUGGGAAUGAUGGUGACGUCGGCGUUAUUGCUGAUCCUGAUACCAUUAUACCAAUCACAAUUUAUUGCUGAAUCUACGAAAAAUAACUCGCAUGGGAUGCUGCUUUUUGUGCAACCGCUUGCUACAUUAUUUUUAAUUUUAUUAACAAUUAUUUGUUCGGCUGUGUUUAAGUGGAACAUUAAGUUGCUAAAACUUCCAACAAUUCCUGGAAAUAAAUUAUUAUUAAUAUCCUUGUGCUUUGGACUCGCUUCAACUUUAGUUACUGUGGGAUCGUUCAAGAGAGUCGCUUGUCAUUUACAAGAUCCCUUAAAAGGAACGUCACUAGCCUUCUCAUUGCUUUUUUAUUUCUUUUUUUGCACACGGUUGAUGGGCCUGCAGAAAAUUUUCUCGGCUACAACAAGUGUAAUUGGCCUAUUUAUAUCGGUGGACUAUGGGCUGUGCGAUGAGUUCCACUGCCAUGGAAAUGUGAUUUCGUUUAAGGAGAAGAUGUCGCAUACUGGUUGGCAAGGCCGUGCAUUUUGGGCCCUUAUUUAUACUAUGGGAAUAUCACUGUGGUCUCUUCAUAUAGCUUUACUAGAAGGAUGUUUUGUUGACUCUAGCGAAACUCGGUCGAAACAAACAACUUUCCUCAAGACUAUAUCCAAAUUUGUAUCUAGCCAUGACGAUCAAAAAAUGUUAAAUGACACCACUCCAUCAAAUGAACACGAUUUAGACGUUGGGAAAAGUAAAAACAAUAAUUUGCAUCCAAUGCAUUUAGCAAUGUGGGUGCAUAUUUUUGGAACAAUAUUUGCCUUAUUUUUUGGCUUUGUUGAUGUUUUUCCAAUCACAGGGACUCAAAUCAAAACAUUUAAUGAACACUGGAUGGAAACGAAACAUACGUUUCAGUGUCAUUUAAAUAUUUCUACGCCCAACACUGUCAUUUUCGAUUUGAAUACAAAUAUUUCGAAGCAAACGACAAUAAUGAACUCCAUCUCAAAGUCACAACCACACAACGUUGACAUUUCUUUCGUCCAUAAAGGUAUUAGCAUUCAUCCAAACAGAACAUCAAGAUCAUCUCCGAUUGAUUCAAAAAAACAUCAGCAUAAGAUUUCACACUUGAAUGCCUUUCUAAAGUACAAAAACACGACCUCGAAUCAUCUGCCUUCAAAGUCUGGCAAUCUAAAAACUGUUGGACACAAAAACAUUAAAGUAGACUGUAGCCAUAAUAGUGGAUUUUAUGCCCUCAUAUUAAUCUGUACCUAUGUGGGCUUUGUAGUGUGCCUAUUCAACAUUUUAAGUAUCUCACAAUCUGCCGUCUUGACUGUGGCUAUGGCAACAGGCACUCUGCCCUUCACUGGACUCUUUUGGUCCUUCUAUAAAUUGGAUACCCGAAAUGGCCUUAAUGCAGCAAUCGUCUGGGCACCAUCCGUGUCUGGAGAACUCAUUUGUUCCUUGCUUGGAACACCGAUUGUGUUUUUGGGGAUUGUUUUCCUAUUCAAAGCGCACUACAGUGAUAUGCUGAAACAAUCGCAACGAUUUAACUAUCACAAGGAGUUGAUUACAUAGGGCCUCUAAAAAAAACUAAAUAUUACAGGAAAUUUAAAUUUUAUUUUGUUCUAAGAACACCCAUGCUUGCUACGUGCGUUGCGCCGCGUCGUUUUUUAGAUGGGUUUGUGAAUCAAAUUUUAAAAAUAUUCCUCCCCUUUAAUAUGUGUAACAAUAAAAGUCUUUAAUGUGUAAUGUAAUAUAAAUGAAAACAAAAAAAAAAUAUUAAAAUUGUGAACGUUUUGUAUGUUAUUUAAAAAAUAUAAAUUUUAAAAAAUGAAGAAACUAAAUAUAUAAAAUUUUAUACAUGAGGAGUCCUGUUGCGUCUCAUAUAUUUACUGAUAAUGGUUUAAGAAGUCCAGAUACACUUAUGUAUAUUCUCAAGUGUUUUAAAUGUUAAAUGGUCAUUG